CUUCCACUAUCAAAAUCCAAAUUAACCGCCGGACCUUUUCUUUCUUUCACCGUCACUCAAAAUUAGACACUGGCCAAUGGCCAUGGCAACUUCUCUCCACCUAAACCACGCAUUUUAUCACCGUUUCACUCCUACUUCGCAUAUGAGUAGAAAUUUGAACUUUUACCGGCGGUUUUCGUCUUCAUUUUCCUGGAAAGCUAGGGUUUUAACUUUGAAGAAGAAGCACUACCGAGGCACCGGACAUGGAGUUUUCUCGUCGAGUAUUAUUAAAGCGAACAAUACAAAUAAUACGGAGAUUGACGAGGUUUCCGUUCAAGAAGAGAAAGAGAACGAGAUGGAACGGCCUCCUUUUGAUAUCAAUCUAGCUGUAGUUCUUGCUGGCUUCGCUUUCGAAGCCUACACUAGCCUUCCUGAAAACGUAGGGAAGCGCGAGAUUGAUGCUGCAGAUUGUAAGACUGUGUAUCUUUCAGAGUCAUUUGUACGCGAGAUAUAUGAUGGCCAGUUGUUCAUAAAAUUGAAAAAGGGCUUUGAUUUGCCAGCCAUGGAUCCAUGGGGAACAAGUGAUCCUUAUGUGGUUAUGGAACUGGAUGGUCAGGUUGUCAAAAGCAAGGUCAAAUGGGGGAAAAAGAAGCCAACUUGGAACGAGGACUUCACCGUUAACAUUAAGCUGCCUCCAACCAAAAAUCUUCAGAUUGCAGCUUGGGAUGCAAACCUUGUAACUCCACACAAGCGCAUGGGGAACACAAGCAUUGGUCUGGAAAGCCUCUGUGACGGAAAUUUGCAUGAGGUGGUGGUUGAACUGGAAGGGAUGGGUGGUGGCGGAAAGUUGCAGUUGGAGGUUAAAUACAAAACUUUUGAUGAAAUUGAUGAAGAAAAAAGGCCAUGGAGGCUCCCCUUUGUGUCAGAUUUUCUUCGCAAAAAUGGUUUUGAAUCAGCUCUAAAAAUGGUUGUUGGCUCAGAAACCAUGCCAGCACGUCAGUUUGUAGAAUAUGCUUUUGGACAGUUGAAGUCAUUUAAUGUUCCAUAUGUUUGGACGGAUCAAGUUUCAAACAGUAAGGACUUGGGUGCAGCAAAUUCUAACUACUCUGUUGUGUCGGACAUGCCUUUGCCUUCAGAAACAAAGAGUAGCACAGAAGUCCCUGUGUGUGACACGAACCGUGAUGGAGACAGUAACUUAGUAUUAUCCCAAGGUGAUAAUGACUGCUUACGUAAUUUGGGUGCCACAGAAGCUGGGGAAGCUAUGCAAUCAGAUAAACAAUUUUGGAAGAACUUUGCUGAUGUUAUCAGCCAAACUGUUGCUCAGAAACUUGGUUUCUCUGUUUCUCUGGAAUUAAAGUGGGAUGAAUUUGACUUAUUGAACAGAAUUGGUUUGCAGUCACAAAAGAUUGCCGAAGCGGGUUAUGUUGAGUCAGGGCUUGCAACUCCAGAGGGUCAGAAGGUGGACAGUGAUAAAGCAAGUGCCCCACUUACCAUAAGCAAGAUUCAAUCUUCACUUCCAGAAAUAAAGAAGGUGACACAGGAUUUGUUAAGGCAAACUGAUUCUGUUCUGGGAGCAUGGAUGGUUUUGACUACUGCUGUUUCUAAAUUAAAUAAGGAAGAAAAUGUUUCAGGAAAGAGCUCUUCUGAUAGUGAGAAGCUAAUUAGCUCUUCGAAUGGAACUGCAUUGGAAGACAAGAAAUCUGAGGAAAUGAGAGUGCUCUUUUCUACUGCUGAAAGUGCUAUGGAGGCUUGGGCAAUGCUUGCUACUUCACUGGGCCAUUCAAGUUUUAUCAAGUCUGAAUUUGAGAAGAUAUGCUUUCUAGACAAUUCAUCCACAGAUACACAGGUGGCAAUUUGGCGUGACAAUGCAAGGAAAAGAUUAGUUGUUGCUUUCAGGGGCACAGAACAAGUCAGAUGGAAGGAUUUGCGAACUGAUUUAAUGGUAGUUCCUACAGGGCUAAAUCCUGAAAGGAUUGGUGGAGAUUUUAAACAAGAAGUUCAGGUUCAUAGUGGUUUUUUAAGUGCUUAUGAUUCAGUCAGGAUACGAAUCAUCUCUAUCAUUAAACUAUUAAUUAGCUACGUAGAUAAUGGAGCUGAGCCACCAUGUAAAUGGCAUGUGUAUGUAACUGGUCAUAGUUUGGGUGGUGCAUUGGCUACCCUGCUUGCUCUUGAGCUUUCAUCGAGUCAACUAGUAAAGCGUGGUGUGAUUUCUGUGACUAUGUAUAACUUUGGAUCUCCUAGAGUUGGUAACAAAAAGUUUGCAGAAGUUUAUAAUCAGAAAGUUAAAGAUAGCUGGAGGGUUGUGAACCACAGAGACAUUGUUCCUACUGUUCCUCGCUUGAUGGGUUAUUGCCAUGUGGCUCAACCUGUGUAUCUAGCAACUGGAGAACUAGAAGAUGCUUUGGUAAAUUUGGAGCUUUUGAAAGAUGGCUACCAAGGUGAUUUCAUUGGGGAGUCCACACCAGAUGUUGUUGUCAGUGAAUUUAUGAAAGGUGAGAAGGAGCUCAUUGAGAAAAUACUGCAGACUGAAAUAAAUAUAUUCCGCUCAAUUCGAGAUGGAAGUGGGCUUAUGCAGCAUAUGGAGGAUUUCUAUUACAUCACACUGCUUGAGAACGUGAGAUCAAACUACCAGCCUCUUGAAAGGGUAGAAAGCAGUGGGAGAGAUAGCAUCCCAACCAGCCAAGAUGGCAGUAACAUCUGAACGCUAGCAGCCAAAGUAUAAUCAGUGCCGAAAUAAUUCUUCGGCAGAUAUCGGUCAUUGUGUCUGUAUGCAUCAUUGAGCAGUCUGCUAGUCUUAUGGGAAACCCAUCAAAAGAAUACAGGGACAGACUUAAUCCGGGGUGGGGUAGGGAAUAAUGUACCUGUACAGCAAAGCUUUAUUUCAAAUUCAAAUCACAUUUUCAUGACAACCUAUCUGAUUGGAUGUUGUGCAUCUGAACAUCAAAAUACUAUUCAGCAA